AAGCAUUUCACCCUGUGACAGCCGACAGGCGCCUCUUGUGUGUCUGACAGUUAGAGUUAGCUAACGCUCGGUGAAAGCUAGCUAGCCCGGCAGGAUGGGUGUAUCAGAUUUACACUUUGAUACGAACGCUGCAGGACCCGUGGUGGAUCUGACAGGUCGGGGGGUGCAGAAGCUGGAUCCCAGUUUCAUCAGUUCUGACGACACUCACACUCUCAUCUUGGACCGCAAUAAAAUCAUGAAGCUGGAUAAUCUGGAACGAAGCCCCAGCCUUCAGCAGCUAUCCGUAGCAAACAACCGUCUGGUCAGAAUGAUGGGGGUGUCUCAGCUGAUGCAGCUGAGGGUCCUCAAUCUGCCCAACAACAGCAUCGGCUACAUUGAAGGACUGCGCGAUCUGCCUCAUCUGAAAUGGCUAAACCUUUCCGGAAACAACAUAAAGGUGAUUGAACAGCUGUACAGCUGUGUGUCUCUUCAACACCUGGACUUGUCUGACAACAACAUUUCCACCAUUGGAGAUCUGACUAAACUGGCUGCAUUAAAGACACUUCUGCUUCAUGGAAACAGCAUUACAACACUCCGCACUGUUCCCGCCCACCUGCCGGCGCACCUUUCCAUUCUGUCGCUGGCAGAAAACGAGAUCAGGGACCUGAAUGAAGUGUCGUACCUGGCAUCACUUCAUGAGCUGGAGCAGCUGUCCAUAAUGAGCAACCCCUGCGUUAUGGCGACUCCUUCCCUGCCAGGUUUUGAUUAUCGACCGUACAUCAUGAGCUGGUGUCUGAAUCUGAAAGUCCUGGACGGCUAUGUGGUGACUCAAAAAGAAGGUCUGAAAGCUGAGUGGCUCUACAGUCAGGGUAAAGGUCGUUCAUUUCGUCCAGGGCAGCACGUCCAGCUGAGUCAGUAUUUGGCGACUGUUUGCCCUCUGACUGCAUCACCAGCGCUGGAGACGGCAGAAAACGCCAAACUAGAGAAGAUCCUCAGCAAGCAGAGGUUUCAUCAAAGACAGCUGUUAGAGGAGACCCAGGGAGGCUGCCUCAGUCCUCCACGUCCAACCCAGCUUGACGUGGAGAGGCACAGCCCUUCACAUCCACUAGGGGGAGCUCAAGAGGAGAAAGAAGUCACCACACCAGGACCAGCUGAUCCUCCAUCAGUCCUGGAGAAGGAACCAGUGGUGCAGUUCAACACCUGGGUGAGCUGUGACUCCGCUCAUGCAUCGCUGCCGGUGGUUCACAGCCAAAGGCUCGCAGAGGAACACAUUUAUUUGGAGGAUGUGCAGACCGAUGAGGACAAACUCAACAGCAGCAUGCUGUCGUCUGAGUCCGUGUUUCUGCCCUUCACAUCAGACACAGACCUGCACACGACCCACACCGACACCGAAGACGAGACUGAGACGUUUGAGCCCGAUUCUCUGGCUCUGAAACGGCCGGCACAGCCUAAGACGCACAGGACGCGCCACCCGCCAACAGAGAAACCGGACCAGAAGACUAUAGAGAAAGAAGCUGGCGCCAUCACACCUGCACCGCCAGCCUUCGGAGCCGGAGCGCCACUCGAUGGUCCUGAGGCGUCCACCGACAGAGCAGAAAUAAAAGGAGAAGUGGGUUUGUUUUUGAGAAAAACGAUGACAGAAGCAGACAAAGCAGCUGUUAAAAUCCAGUCCUGGUGGAGAGGACAGCACACGCGAUGUUGUCACCCCACUGCUAAAGAGGUGCGCGGUGAAAUCCGCCUGCGGAGGAUGCAAGAUCACAUCGUCUUUCUGACGGACAAAUUAGAAAAUGUGCAGAAGCAGCUUGAAGACGAGAGGCUGCAGAGGCUGGUGCAAGAGGAGGCCAUGAAGUUCCUCUGGAAAGAGCUGCAGGCCGUGCAGCAGUGGAAGCAGUCUGUGGAGCAGCAGCUGGCAGCCGUUCAACCAGCCACACCUCAGAUCACACCUCCUGCUCCGCUCUGCAGUGCAGCUCCCCCCGUUGUUCCCAAAAGCCCAAACCCCCCCGGCGCAGAGGCAUCCUUCCCAGAUUCAGGCUUCCAAUCCACCCUGGAUCAGCAGUGGGGGCAGGAGGACAGCUUCCUGAGCAGCGGCACGGCCGACUCUCUGAAGACAGUGCGAGCGCUGAGCCCUGCGGGCGGCGGCGUGGACAGCACGGACUGCAGCCUGCUGGAGCAGUACCUGUCCUCUGUGCAGCAGAGGGAGGAGGAGGCGGAGGAGGAGAGGAGCGAGAAAACUGAAACACCACCGGCUUCCUCCCCUGGGUCACCCAGCAGGGCAGCGCCCACAACCCACCUUCCCACAAAGAGGGAAACAACCCCCCCAGCUCAGGCUGAGAGCUCUGAUUCAGUGAGAGAUCCGAACAUGCUGGAGGAAAGCCCAUCUGACAAAGAACUACUUUGUACCGAGCCAGAACGAGUGAACCAGUGAAUGUAAAUCUUUUAUACCUCCUGAAAUGUAAACAUUAUCUUUGCUGUAAAUGCAAUAAAGUGUUUUGUUAUUAAUAACUACUGUAACAGAUGCAGGUUGAAGCUUCAACCAAUAAAACAGGAUUUUUGUAA